AUGGGCCUCGUCGAAAAGUGUCUUCCCAAAGAUGACCGUUUUGCGGCAUUGUUGCUCUAUGGCAUGGUAUUUUCAGCCUGCUUUAAUGGCUAUGAUGCUGGUAUUAUGACGGUCAUUUUGGCCGACAAACAGUUUAUCGAUUACUAUGGGAUUACUGCGAGCAAGUCUGGAUUGGUGGCCACUAUUCCUUGGGCCAUGACUGGUGUUGCCCAGCUUUGGUUAGGAGGAUCAUUGGCAGGUUGGCUUGGGCGCUUGUGGGCAUUACGAAUUUCCAUCUGCAUCAUGAUCAUCGGAGUGAUUGUGGAAGUUAUUCUGAACAACUUUGGCGUCUUGAUUCUAGGUCGACUCUUGACUGGUUUAGGAUUGAUUCGGCUACGAGGAAGUUUCGUCGGCACCGUCUCCCAGUUCGGCUACCAACUAGGCACACUCAUCGCUUUUUGGACCGGUUACAGAAUGUCAUUCCAUAAGUCCCCGUACAACAUUGCAUGGCGGGUAUCCAACACCGUUCAGAUCCCUAUCGGCCUAGCGUUCAUCUUUGUCUCAUUUUGGUAUCCUGAAACGCCAGAGAAAUCGCUGCAUAUGCUCAGCCGCGUCCGAUCUGGGGCUCCAACUGACGAGCGUAUUCGGGCUGAGUUCCAUGAACUAGUUGCCUCUUAUGAGUUCCGUCGGCGAUAUGAUCCUGGGUAUAUUGGGUUGUUCAAGGAUCCAAGUAUGCGGAAACGUUUGGCGUUUGGCUUCUAUGCUGCCGGUCUUCAACAGUGUGGUGGUAUUGCUUCUCUUACCAUGUAUGCGACGCUUUUCUACCAAAGUCUUGGAUGGGACUCUGGCUCCCAGGCGCUAGCCAUCAACGGCAUCCAGUCUGUCUUACAGCUACUUAUUGUUCUGGUGGACACAUUCACCGUGGAAAGAUUCGGACGAAGGGGCCUCCUCCUAGCUGGUUUUGCCAUCCAGUCGCUGGCUCUUUUGAUCAUGUCCUGUCUUUGCACUGCGUUCCCUACGAACUCAAACAAAGCCGCCGCUAUCGUGGAAGUUGCGAUGCUGUUCAUAGUUGGUCUCACGUACUGCUGGUCCAAUGGUCCCAUUGCCGCUGCAGUUGUCUCUGAAAUCUUUCCUCGGCAUGUUCGAGACAAGGGCUUUGGACUUUCGAUGCUUGGUCAAACUUCCUGGCUUAUCCUGUUGACACAAUCCUGGCCAUCCUUCAAUGCCAAAGUGGGAGGUCAUAGCUACUGGUUACUCUUCGCCCUGAAUGUCGCCGCCGGAAUAUCUGUCUACUUUAUCCUUCCAGAGACAAAGGGCGUCUCUCUUGAACGGAUGGACAAGAUUUUUGGAGGUCUUGAUUUCGUCGAGGAAGGUGAGAUCGAUGGAAGCUCUGAGAAGCGCGAGGCCAUGGCCAUGGUGAAGGAGGAAGAGAAGGCCCCUAGCACGCAUGUGGAGAAUACGUCUCAGGGACUUGUCUCGGAGCCCCGAGAUCUGCGGUCUGAGUAUGAACAGGCUUCCAAACCAAAAAGCAGGGUCGCAUCCAGUACAUUACCGCGAGAAAACUGA